GUUGUUAAUUUAUUUAGUUAAAAGUAAAUUAAUUAGUAUACAAAAUAAAAUAUAUUGAACAUCGUUAUUAACAAAUUUAAAAAAAAAACUUUUUGGUAGGUUAACUUUUACUAAUUGUUGGAUAGAAUGCGUUCAAAAUUAAAGAUAAUAUUUACAAUACAAAUUCUAAUAUUUAUAUUAAAUAAUGAGGUUAUAUCACAAGGAAGUCUUGGAAGAUUCCAAGAAGUAUUUGCAUGGAAACAACUGACGUAUAAUAUUGGAGGGAACUUAGUACUACAAGACCGAUUUGCCGAUGACGUAUCAGAUGCUAGAAGUAAAAGAGAGUCUGAUAUCAUCUUCUUUGAUGAUAAAGAAGAAGAUACAAGGGAAUGGAACCAGGGUCCACCUGAACCGCUGCCAGAAACUAAAGGCACCACAACGGUUAGACCACUUGAUGAAGAAGGUAGAUUCUUCGUACAAUAUAAUAACGUACCAAUGGGUGUUGAACGAGUUGGUGAUAGAUUGUUUGUCACCGUACCAAGGAGACGAUAUGGUAUCCCAUCAACAUUGAAUUACAUUGACCUAACUAAAGACUCGAAGACUAGAUCACCAGCUCUCAGACCUUAUCCCAAUAUCCGAAGAUCUAGAGAUCUGACUUCCGUGUAUAGGACCAGGGCAGACGAAUGUGGAAGACUUUGGUUAGUUGAUACCGGUCUACUGGAAAUACCAGGUUCACCUCAACAAGUUCAACAACCAGCGAUUGUGAUAUACGAUUUAAGAACUGACCAACAGAUAUUAAGAUAUCCAUUCAAAAGUUCUGAUAUUCCAGCUGCAAAUACACCUACAGGUCUAGCAUCAAUAACCAUAGACAUAACGGGCGAUUGUAGCGACGCUUACGCAUACGUUCCGGAUCUAACGACGUUCGGUCUUAUUGUGUAUUCAUUAAAAGAAAACGACAGUUGGCGUCUCACUCACAAUUAUUUCUUUCUCUCUCCAACAGCUGGAAACUUUAGGGUCGCUGGACAAAACUUCCAAUGGGGCGAUGGUAUAUUCAGUGUGACAUUAACACAGCCUGGUAAAGAUGGCUGCAGAACUGCUUACUUCCAUCCAUUGGUCAGUUUUCAAGAGUUCUCAGUAUCUACUUGCCUGUUGAAGAAUAAAACUGCUAACACUGAUAGCAACUUCUGGUCUAGAUUUUCGGAAGUUGGUUUCCGUGGUCAAGACAGUCAGUGUACGAUGCACGAUUACCAUGCCAACAGUCGUGUUGUGUUCUUUGCUGAAGUCGGUAGAGAUGCUGUAUCCUGUUGGCAUUCAGGAAAGAUGUUAUCACCAAAUAAUGUUGUCAUAUUAGCUCAAGAUAGACAGAAGAUGAGUUAUCCAUCAGAUCUUCAUGUUACAAAUGAUGAGGUUUGGGUUAUGGCAAAUACAUUGCCAAGAUUUGGCUACUCGACAUUGGAUACAAAUGAAUAUAAUUUCUACAUAUACAGAGGUCGAGUAAAAGAUUUGAUAAGAGGGACAGCGUGCGAUGAUGUUAUGUAAAAAAUAUAGUAUUCUUAUAAAUA